GAUAGAUGACAGGUGUUUAGAAUAAAAAAUGGCGUAAUUGUUUUGGAAUCUGUUAAUUAAUUUUAAUAUUUUGUUUAUUUUUAUUGUUAUUAUUUAAACAUCUUUAGCAUGUCGCGCACAAAAUCCAAACAAAAUGUUGAAAUUUGUGGCGAUUGCGGGGCGACAGAUGCUACCUGGGUUUCAGUUAAUAAAGGGAUAUUAUUAUGUACUCAAUGUUGUAGUAUCCAUCGCAGUUUAGGAAGACAUAUAUCUCAAGUAAAAUCAUUGUUGAAAAGUAGUUGGAAUCAAAAUCAGCUUAAUAUGGUUAUGACUUUAAAUAAUAAUGGUGCCAAUAAUAUUUGGGAACAUCUACUACUAGAAAAUGGAGCUAAACUUUUGAAAAAGAAACCCACUGCUAAAGAUCCUGUAAGUGUCAAGCAAGAGUAUAUUAAAGCAAAACAUCAGCAGUGUUUGUAUGCAUUUCGAGAAAACUAUGAAGAUGGUUUAUUGAGUGUGGAGAAUGAAUUGGGAAAACAAUUACAUGCCAGUGUACGAACCCCUAAUCUGGAAACAUCUUUUAGGCUCUUAGCACUUGGUGCUGACCCAAAUUAUUUCCAUGAUGAAAAGGGAUCGACUCCUUUGCAUGUUGCAAUAAAAUCUGACCAAAAACUGCAAGUAGAACUGCUGUUGGUAUAUGGAGCUGAUCCUACAUGUCCAGAUAGUCAAAGAAGAACGCCUUUAGAUUAUUCCAGACAACUAAACAACAAGGAACUAAUGAACAGAUUGAUAGAAAGUCAGUAUGAGGUUACUGAUUUGUUUAGUUAUUACCUUUCUUUAAGGAAGCCUGAACAUUCCACUGGAGUGCAUUUUCUUAUACCUUCCACUGGUUUUAAAUCAAACCCAGCGUCAUUGGCCAAACUACAGAAACUUCCAAAUCAUGUUUUUGAAGAGUUAGUAAUGGAUGUUUAUGAUGAAGUGGAUAGAAGGCAAACGGAAUCAAUUUGGUUAAGUUGUGCAGAUACUACCGAACUUAGUGAUGUUCCAUUCUUACCUGUGGAUAACACACUGUCAACAACGAGGAAUCAAGGUAGACAAAAGUUGGCUAGAUUUACAACACCUGAACUGAAAAGUUUAGUGUAUGAAAUUCUUGUUGAUACCCAAAGAAGACAAAGUGCUGAUAAAGGAAGCAUGAUACAGUUGAGGCAAACCUCAGAAAUUGACGAUGAUCCCCUCUAUGAUUCAGUGGCCGAAGAUGAAGACUACGCAGUUCCAAUGUCAAAAGAAGAAGAGAUGAAUAAAAAAGACAGUAUUAUUUCAAUAGACAAUAUUAAUAAAACCAACCAAGUUUUAGAAGCUUUAACUAAACAGUUACGAAAUUCAGAUAAUACUAUAACCGAUCUCAGAACGGAAGUGACCAAAUUGAGACAGUGUUUAAAAGCACUGCAGAACGAAAAUUCUGAGCUAAAAGUUAGGUUGUCGCAAAAAGUAUCAUUCGCCAAUGGAGAUAGUGGUUUUGAUUCUUUAGAGUAUAUUGGAGAGAAUCAAACCUUGGACUCAUCGAUAAUAUCAAAUGGAAAGGGCACAGACGUGGUAGAAUUAAGGUCCAACAGAAAAUCCCAAAGGCCUAAUAGCAUGUUUGAAACUAGAGAAGCCAUCGGCAAAGUGCCUAAUUGGCAUGCAAUCAAAGCACAAUUUAAACAGGGCGAUAAUAUUAGAAAUACAUCGCCGGGAUUAUAUUCGAUGUCGCCAGAUAGAGAGAUAGUGUUACAAUGCACUGAGCAAGUGACAAGAACGAUUCAACAAAUGUAUAAAAGUAUCCAGGUACCGGAGAAUGAGGAUUGUGUUGUUCAUGGCGAAAAAGUGAAGGCAGCUAUAGUCAAACUGGCCACUACAUUAUCAAAAGAUCCCGAAAGUGAAAAAAUCAAAUUGAUGCUGGAAGUGGCUAGUCGAUUGCUUCCCGAAUGUCAGAAGUUGCAAAAUUCUAAACUGAACGCCGACACGAAGGCGGUCGAUCUUCACUUUGUUAACAUCAGAGAUAUAGCGUUCAAUCUUGCCAAGUUAACAAAGGAGAUCGUGACAAAAUAUUCGACGAACCAAUGAUAGAUUUUUAAGUCCCCUUAAUUUAAAUUCGAUAUAGUAGGAUCCUUUAAAAGCUUUGAAAUACUCCAGUAGUUGAAGACAAAAACCGGCAAUAAUUAAGAUUUAACAAUAUUUUUUAUCAAACUGUCGAUUUUAGAAAUAUUCUAUUCUCUGUAGUUUUUUUUUAUUAAACUUAGGUAGUAAUUCCAAUAUUAAUCUACAGUUUUAUCGAUAAGACCUUAAUAGUAAUUAUUUUCUGGUUCUUUUAAUUUCAGCGUUAUUUAAUUUUUUUAAUGAGUAAUUUUGAAUGGUUUCCGUUGAAGUCUUCCAAAGAUUCGUAAUACUACUAUACAGUAUGUCCCCAGAUUGUCUUUACAAGAGGAAUGAUUUUUUUAUUAUUGACAUUUUGAGAAAAAUGCAUUCUUCAUAAAAAAAUUUACUUGUUCUAGAAUAGUUAAUCAUCUUUAUACUGUUCCAAAUUUCCAUACCGUUUUAGAAAAAGUUAAGAAAAACAUCAAAAUAUGGAAUUUUUCCUUCCUGAACUCCUAAAAAUCAAAAGGUUAUGGUAAUAUUAAUUUGAUUUCAUUCUUUGAUAGAUGGUUCUUAUUAAUUUUGCUUGACGUCAUAUUCUUUGCUGUUGUUAAGUAUCACAUUUUCUGAUAAAUUAUUAUCACUCUAUCCCUAGCAUCGAACUAAAUAAAUUUUGUGUUUCUUUAACAUUUUAAAACAGCAAAAAAUAUUACGUUAACUAAAAUUCUAUGAAUAACAAUCUACCAAAGAAUUAAAACGAAGUUAUAUUACUAUAGAAACGCGUUUUGGUUUUUAUAAUUUUAUAGGCAAAUUCUCUAGGAGUAAAUUGAAUUAUAUUUUCAUGUUUUUUUUUCAUUUUCUCUAAAACGGUAUUGAAAUUUGGUAAAGUAUAAACGGGAUUAACCAUUUUAGAACAAGCAAACAUUUUUAUGAAGAAUGCAUUUUUCCCAAAGUGUCAGUAAUAAAAGAGUUUUUCCUCUUGUAAAGAACAAAACGGGGACAUACUGUAUAUAGGGUGUACCAAAAAGUUCCCAACAAAACUUUUUGUUUUUAUUAUUAAGUUAUGGAAAAAAGUUUAUUCAGAAUUUCUUCAGUCUGUCUUAUUAUUUUUUUGUUAUUACAAAAAAAUAAUAAUUUAGACAUAACAUGAGCAUAUGUCAUGUUUGGUAUCUUAAAAAUUGACAUUUGUUAUUUUCUACUAUUAUUUACGAAACUGUAAAGAUAAAAUAUUGUAUUUGUAGAAAUUCAUUUUGUUUUAUGAAAUUUUAAUGAAAGAAUACGAUUUCUUGAAAAUAUUCUGUGAAAUAUCAAAAAUGUUAUAUUCUUUGAUAGUCCCUGUAUAUUUAUGAUUCUUGGUAUAUAGACGGAAAAUCGAGUUCUAAGCAACAUUUUGUCUUUGACGUUUUUCGAUAAUUUGUCAUCGUUGUCACCUAACCUCACUUCUUGCUUACAUAAUUUUUUUGUUAUUUGGCGCCAUAACAGUUGUCCCAUAUGAUUGCCAAAAUAUUUUUUUGUUAUUGGGCAUGCUCAAGUAAAUCCGCAUAAACUUGUUUUUAAUAACGUUUUGUAAUAAAAAAAAACGCAAAAUGUCCAUUUGUUGUAAACUUUUUGGCACGCCUUGAAUAGUAUGUCCCACGAGAGAAGAUAUUAUGACAGUGAGAGAGAGACAGUUGUUGUCUGUUAUUUUAAUUCAACAGUAAAUUGUUUUAUCUGUCAAUUUUUGAAUGUCGUCUGUCGAAAUUCUCCCAUCUCUCGCGUCCACAUUUUAACAAUCUUUUAAGUGUAAACUUUUUUAUCUCUUCUUUACAUUUUUGUUUAGCUGUCACCAUUUGCCACUUAUUUGAUAUAAAACUUUUUUAAUCACAUCUUAUAUCAAAUUUCAAAAGAAAAAAUAUGCUUUUAAAAAGUUUCUUUUUCUUUAACGUGAAAUAGUAAAGCACUAAGUUAUUUA